ACUCCUGCCUGCCAGCUCCUUCUGGGCUCAAGGAGAGGCUAUCACCAGGAGGGGCCCGUCUAGAAAGGAGCUGUCGGCACCAAACCAUCCACUCCCCACGGAGGAGAGGCUGGGGGCCUCGGCUCUGGCAUCUGGAGGUGUGCGGUGUGGACAGGGGCGAUCAGCUGUGCCUGGUGUGCGUGGGGACACCCACAGACAGGAGGCUCCCGCGUCUGGGACCCUGACAGCUGGAGGAGGUUUUCCAUCCGCUCCAGGAGCAGCCCGGCGAACGGGUUCCUCACCCCCACCGGGAGGACGAGGCAGACAGAGGGCGGAGGAUCUUACUCCCAGCCCGGGCCUGGUGUCCGGGGAGUGACCGGGCUCCGAGCCUCCAGGUACCCGGGGCAGGCUGUGAGCCCGGGAUGCCAGAGAAGGGGGAGAAGUCCAUGGACCCGAACACCUGGGUCCAGCAUCGCGUCGGGCGCUAUAAGUCCACGUCCACGGAAGGAUGCCGCUGCUGGAGGCUAGUGGCCUGGACCUGACUGCCCUGUGUCCGGCGCGCCGCCUGCUGACACCCCCUGUGGCCGUCUUCUGCCUGUCAGGCACGCCGAUGGAGCCCAACGCCUCCUUUCCCUGUCUCAAGCCCCCUGCGUCGCUCUCAGGAAUCUGGACCAUCUACCCAGAUGGCCGCUUUGGUAACCAGAUGGGGCAGUACGCCACGCUGCUGGCCCUGGCCCAGCUCAACGGUCGCCAGGCGUUCAUCCUGCCCGCCAUGCACGCCGCGCUCGCCCCCGUGUUCCGCAUCAGCCUGCCCGUGCUCGCCGCUGAGGUGGAUGGCCGCAUGCCAUGGCGGGAGCUACAGCUGCACGACUGGAUGUCGGAGGACUACGCACACUUGGAGGACGCCUUCCUGAAGCUUACGGGCUUCCCCUGCUCCUGGACCUUCUUCCACCAUCUCCGUGCCCAGAUCCGCAGGGAGUUCACCUUGCACGACCACCUACGGCAGGAGGCCCAGGGUCUCCUGAGCCAGCUCCGCUUGGGCCGUGCGGGGGACCGCCCUCGCACCUUCGUGGGGGUCCACGUGCGUCGUGGGGACUACCUGCAAGUCAUGCCCCAGCGCUGGAAGGGGGUGGUGGGCGAUCGCGCCUACCUCCAGCAGGCUAUGGACUGGUUCCGGGCCCGGCACGAAGCCCCUGUCUUUGUGGUUGUCAGCAAUGGCAUGGCCUGGUGUCGGGAGAACAUCGACGCCUCCCAUGGGGACGUGAUCUUUGCUGGCGAUGGGCAGGAGGGCUCUCCGGGGAAGGACUUUGCGCUGCUCAUGCAGUGUAACCACACCAUCAUGACCAUAGGGACCUUCGGUUUCUGGGCCGCCUACCUGGCUGGUGGAGACACGGUCUACCUGGCCAACUUCACCCUGCCUGACUCCAACUUCCUGAAGAUCUUUAAGCCAGAGGCUGCCUUCCUGCCCGAGUGGGUGGGCAUUAAUGCCGACUUGUCUGCACUCCAGUCGCUGGCGGGGCUGUGAGCAGCAGGGAGACUUUUUGGAAUCGCUGAUCAGUCUCGGGGCGGCAUUUACCUGGCAGCUUCUGGGGAAACCUAUGGGAGCCCCACAGCCGGUGCCCUCCCCCCAUUUCUAGAGCAGUUCUAGCUGGCUAGACUUUGAGAGAAAGGAGGGCUCUCUGUAGCUGUCUGGACAUUUUAGAACCAGCAGAAGAUCUUUUCCUGUGGGUUGGCAAUGCCCAGAGAGGCUCAUAUCAGUUCUAGAAGGCAGCGCCUACCUGUUCAUCCCAGCCCAUAUCCAGAGUACUUUCUGGUGGGCUACACCCAAGUCCAGGCAACUCCCCCUUCGAAUGUUGCCCCUGGUCUUCUCGAGAAGAGAAGUCCAGUCCCCAGGACUGAGGGAACUUGUGGGUGUCCUAGAGCAAGCACCCACCAACUCCUGUCCGGUGUUUCUGGAGUCAUUCUAGAGGCCCCAGCUCGAGUACCUGUGGAGAAUCCUGCAGGGAUCUUCCAGAGGGGUGAGGUUCUGGAAUUCCAGGAGAAUCUCAGGAAGGUACAAUCCAAAUCUUAACACCUCAACCACUGCCGGGAAUAUGGGUAGAAGACAGAUUAUGUGUAGCUAGCUGAGAGCUGACCCGAAGUCUGUCUGACCUCUCAGCCCCUGAAAAGAAAGACCAAGACUCUUUUUUGAGCAGAUGGACGAAAAUGUGGGAGGUGGUGGGAGGGGGACAGAUUCAGAAGUGUAGCCAGUUCUGGAGUGAAGUUUUUCAGAAAUGUGGGAACACUUUUCUUUUUUCUUUAAGUUCAAAACCUGCCAAAGACAAGUGCCCCACAAGGCAGGUCUGAGUUGAGUUGGCCCCUCCCAAUUACGGAAGUUUCCUCCUCUGCCUUCCUUCCCCUCACCCCUUCACCCCCCCCACACUGGUCUGGGGGAGGUGGGGGUGGGGGGGUGAAGGGCUGAGGGGUGGGGAGGGAUGAUGGAAUCCAUUUUCUGGAAUUCGGCCAGCUUGAAUGUUUCCUUCUGCCUUGCAGAAAGCGCCUGGCAGGCAUUGUGCCCCUUGCCAACCCUGGUCUGCCCCUGAUAUCACAGAACCACUAAAUCUGACUUCAGGUUUGAAACGAAUGGAGGGUGUGCAGACCCCCGGCAGUUCUCAGACCCAGGCUGUCCUCAGACCCAGGCAGAAGGGAAUGCAGGGUCUGGCCACGGAGGAUGGGAUUCUGGACUCAGAUUCCAGGAACGCCUUGAGGCUUUUGGAAGAGGGUGAAGGUGGCCUGCCAGCUUUAUUACAGACAACUCUGAUCACAUCUGUCCACUCAGAAGAAUGCAGACCCCUUUUUCAGUCUUCCUAAGGGAAUUUUGAGGGAUCAUUCCUGAUUCGGCUGCCACAGGUGGGGGAGAGGGAGGUAUGAAUUAAAAGGCCACAUCGCUAAUGCCUG